CCCCAAACUGUUGCCACAAAGUUGGAAGCACAGAAUCCUCUAGAAUGUCAUUGUAUGCUGUAGCGUUAAGAUUGCCCUUCACUAGAAGUAAGGGGCCUAGCCCGAACCAUGAAAAACAGCCCCAGACCAUUAUUCCUUCUCCACCAAACAUGGAAUACGCCAAACCCAAAUUCGUCCAAUGGCUGAGAGCUUUGCACCACUCCAGCCGACGCUUGGCAUUGCGCAUGGUGAUCUUAGGCUUGUGUGCGGCUGCUCGGCCAUGGAAAUCCAUUUCAUGAAGCUCCCGACGAACAGUUCUUGUGCUGACAUUGCUUCAAGAGGCAGUUUGGAACUCUGUAUUAGGCUUGUGUGGCCUACCACUUCGCGGGCGAGCCGUUGUUGCUCCUAGACGUUUCUACUUCACAGUAACAGCACUUACAGUUGACCGGGGAAGUUGACUUGUUAGAAUGGUGGCAUCUUAUGACUGUGCCACACUUGAACGUCACUGAGCUCUUGAAGUAAGGCCAUUCUACUGCCAAUGUUUGUCUAUGGAGAUUGCAUGGCUGUGUGCUCGAUUUUUAUACACCCGUCAGCAACAGGUGUGACCGAAAUAGCCAAAUCCACUCAUUUGAAAGGGUGUCCAUACUCUUGUAUAUACCGUGUUACGUCACUUCAUUCCAAUAGAACAGUCCCAUGUUCCAAUGUUUACACUAGCAUACAGUAGCACUUAGCAUGCCUGCCCAAUACAUUGCUUUAUACUAAGUAGUGGGUUAGUGUGGAUAUCCGAACCGUACAUAUCCAAGUCAAACAAAGCGGCUUUCUACAUUUUGCUUGAGCAGAGUCCCAAAUGGCAUCCCCAUAUACCCUUUGGAGUGCCCUAGUGGCUCUGAACCCUCUGCUGUAUGGGCUAGAUGUGCCCUGCACUGAGACAGGAAAUUAAGACUUUUACGUCACAAACAGCACCCUAUCCCCUUAUGUCGUGCCCUACUUUUGACUAGGGCUCUGGUCAAAAGGAGUGCUCCAUGUAGGGAAUAGGGUGGAAUUUUAUACUUUGCAAUUUACCACAUCUUCAGCACUCUUUACCAGCAGCAAACACACAGAUGCCGUUCUGGAACCCACGGCCCUACUGGUUCACUUCAGAUCCAGUCAGCUACAUUUUAUUCUGAUUCCAGGCUAGCCAGAAAACAUAUUUAUCUUUUAAAACACUCCUAUGAGCAUUUCAAUCCUGUGAAGCCCAGGGCUAAUUUAUUAACUGACCAGUGUACACCCCCUCCCUCUGUGGCAGGAUGGUAUGACCCGUUGGCAGAUAGUGCAGUCUACUACUGAUUUUAUUUUUAUUUUUUAGUUUUUUGAUGGAUCGGAAAGAGAUGUAAUUCAUUGAAAUUAUCUUUUUAUUUUGUAAAAAGUGUUUAAAGAAUUAAAAUGAUAUUGCACUGACAUUGAAAAUGUACAUAGUGUUUUGUAAAAUAAGCCAUUAAAACAGAUGUAUUUGAAUAUGAACUGUAAAAAAAAUACUGUUGUUGUAUAUGGUGUGAUGAAACUAUUGAUCUGUAACUAAUAUCCAAGCAACACAUUCAAUACAACAGAUGCAAUUAAGGCAUUCAGUUGAUGGGUUGGUUUUCUUGUGUGUGCUUGUGCUUGUGUGUAUGUGUGUGUAUGUGUGUGUGUGUGCGGAAACCCCAACCCUCCACUUUUAGUCCGUGUCACUUUCUGCCGAACAGACUAGCUAGCAGCUGUGGUGGUCGGAACAGAACAGUUACUUCCCCGAAACAAAGACUCACAGCGUGUUGUUAUGUACGCCUGACCCCAAAAAACGACAGACAUCGUUUUAUGUCCUAAAUGGCAACCUAUUCCUUACAUAGAGCCCUAUGGGCCCUGGGCAAAAGUAGUGCACUGUAUAGGGUGCCAUUUGGGACGAAGACGGGACCGAACUUCACUGUGAAGCACCUAUUUCCAACUGAAGAAGUUUUGUCUUAUUUGUCUGUCUGCUUCGUACUCCUCCAUAUAGAUCAUAUCAUUCGUAUUCAUUAUAUCCUUCACUGCCCGUAAUUGAUCCGAUAAAGGUCACACGAUACGGAUAAGUUCCUCAACAUUUCGUGGACCUAGGUGCUCAUUGUAUAGAUGCUGUAAUAAGUGUCUCUGUCAGUCAGACAGCUCGGUCUCCGCGUCAGUUUUUUUUUUUUUUUUUUUGAAAACCACGGGAUGCUACUGUGCAUUUCCCCUCCGUGCUGUGUGGCUCUUGAGCAAACAAAAACCCGUCCUUCUGACUCCACUAACACAGGAUAUGAUGUAUUCCAUUUCCUCUCAACGGGUGUCUUCUCGUCAAAGGGGGUCUCAGAGAAAAGCAGAUCAUCACAGUUAUCGACAGAGAAUCCUUCUGUGAGUCUAGACGUUGUCCCAAGUCUAUUGUUGGGCAGUGUGUUAUGAAACAGAUGUAUCCUCCCCAAGGGGCCCUUUUGAGAGGACAAGUAGGGUUAGACGGGUAGAUAGGUGGAGGUCUCUUUUUCUGACUCGUCACUGACAUGAACAAGGAUGAUGACAUGAUGGCCUCCUUGAACAAUUCAACCACCCAAUUCUCCAACAUGAAGUUGGACCUACCUCAUUACCUCCUCAUCGGGGUGUUUCUGCUCACCGUCCUGGUUUUCAUAGUGCUGGGGACUCUGUGGCUCAAAAAGUAUCGUUCCUUGGAGAGGACCAUUCGGGACCUGCGAGGAGGAAGGCCUCUGGGAAAUGUACUUUCCACUCCAGACUCCCCGCUCCUCUCUCCUGCUUCCCCCAGCCCGUACCCCGUCACCUUGACAGAGAAGCUGGGGAAAGAGGACCCUGAGGAGCAGACGUCACUACAGAGAAACAAGAACAGGUCUGUCACUAACAGACUGCUUUGGAGGCCACCGCAACAGGGUCCCCGCUUCACCAAGGCAGACCUCAGUCUGCUGCAGCUCAUCAAGGCAGGGAAGGAGGGAGUCUUCUACAAGGCCAGGAUGACACGGGGAACUUGCAAGGGACACGGCAUGUUCACCUGCAAGAUCACCAAAGAGGGUGUGACCCCUAAGCGUAUGGAGAUGGAGGUAUCCAUUAUGAGGAAGCUGGUGCACCACAAGAACAUUCUCCAGCUGCUGGACUGGAACACCACCGAGGAACCCUAUGUGUUGAUCAUGGAGUUUGUGAGCUACGGAACCCUGCGGCGCUUCCUUCAGACCCACAAAGACGAUCUGACCUCUGACCCUGAGCUACAGAGCUUGCUCACCAUCGCGUCCUAUCACAUCGCACUGGCCAUGGAACAUCUCCGAUCCAAAAUGGUGGUGCACUGUGACCUGGCCCUCAGGAACAUCAUGGUGAGCAGGUUUCCCUGGGAGGUAAAGGUGUCAGAGUUUGGUCUGGCCAGAGACCUGACCCGCAUGAAGAGCCGCCACAGCAGUCGCAGGAAACUCCCACGGGAACGUGUGCCACUACGCUGGUACCCCCCCGAGUACUUCAGAAUCAACUAUUACAGCUUCAAGGGGGACGUGUGGGCAUUUGGCAUCGUGCUGUGGGAGAUACAGACGUUUGGCACCUUACCAUACCAUGACUUGGAGACACCAGAGGCCGUCGUCUAUCACAUCUGUGCCGGUCUCAAGAACAAAGACCCCGAGGGCUGCAGGCCAGAGAUACUGCAGUUAAUGAGAAACUGCUGGAUGGAACCCUACACUUCCAGGCCCUCCUUCUCAGACAUAGUGAGAAUCCUGGAGGACAUCAUGGAGAAUGAUUCAGAUUACGUGGAUGUGGAGAACCCAAGACUUCUAGAAACGGGAGAGACGGAUAGCCACGACUCCAAAAGUGUCAAACGGUACAUCUCGACAACUCAGCUUUGAGAUGAUGCUGUAUCUAAACGGAACAUAUUCGAUACCUGGAAUUGAUAAUGAAGUCAACAAUGUGAAGCUACUAUCUCGUGGUCAUUUCAAAUCAUUUGAAAUGAGAUAUUCUGUUAAUUAUACAUUUUCUUAAUGGCGCUACUGCCACUUAUGUAAAUAAACUGUAAGAAGUAAUAAUGACUUGUGUAAUAUUUCAGGAAAUACAAUUUUUAUUCAUUACAACAACAAAAUGGGGGUUGUUUAAUAAUAACAGUGAUUUAUUGGCUGGGUCAUCUUGGACCAAGGACUAUUAGCACUCAAUGUCUGAAUCCAAAAUGGAACACUAUUCCCUAUAUAGUGCACUUCUUUUGAUUAGAGCCCUAUGGGGUAAGUAGUGCAUUAUAUAGGGAAUAGGGUGCCAUUUUGGGAAGUGCACAAUGACAAAAGUGGAAGUUCUUGUUGAGCAGCUUUGUACUCUUAACUGCACAAUGAAUUUCCCUGCUGGGACAAUAAAGUGUGAAUUCAA